CGUUGUUUUUUGAACUCAGCAUCAGUGAUCUUGCGACUGUUAUCCGGUGUGCUGCCUAGAGCCUGGGAUUUUAAAUAGAAAAGGGGUUUUAGCUUGGCUCCUCAAAGAGUGACAGUGUGUGACACCCUCAAAAGCAAAGGACAUUCCAAGAACUCUAAACAAAAUCAUACAAACAUGAUUCCAGUGUUGCGAUCUGUGUGUGCCGUAGUGCUGCUAAGUGCGAUGGUCCUCGGGGCCACGGAAGAUUACCAAAGCCAAGGAUUACGUGCCAUCGUGAGGGUUUACGACGAAUGUUCCAAGGCUGAGACCGGGUUCUCGCCAUGUCUCAAGAAGCGCGCCAUCACCUUCAUUGAUCGAUUGAGCCGGGUAGAUUCACUGGCCCUCGGGGACAUGAAGGUUGUCCGGAACGAACGGUCUGCUGCCGCUGAAGUCGCAAGCAAACCACUGACAGAAGCCGAGCUGGAACAGACCUUGCCACGAGGAUUGGAAGCACGGGAUGAAGCUCUGACCAACAUGCUGUUGGACAAAGUUUCCAGCCUGUUCAGCAGUCGGACGAUCCAGAUCAGUCUGCCCCGGAUGUCUAGCGAAGAGCUUGGCCGUGGGCUGGAAGAAGGUCGUGGCAAGAUGAAGAAGAUGAUGAGCAUGAUGAUGAUGGGCUUCAUGAUGAAGAUGGCCGCCAUGGUUCCGGUGGCGAUUGCCGGUCUGUACCUGUUAGCCGGAAAGGCGCUGAUCGUGUCCAAGAUCGCACUGCUGCUGGCCGGAAUCAUCGGUCUGAAGAAGCUGGUUUCGAGCAAACAGGGCGGCGGCGGCGGGGGCGGCUGGUCCAGCGGAGGUUCCGGACAUGGCGGCGGUUGGGAUCGACGAUCGGCCGAUGUGGCCGCAGCAGCUGCCCAGAACCUGGCCUACAACGCCUAUGCCAAGAACCAGGCGUAGAACGACGAACAGAUUGGGCGUUUCCUGACCCAUCGAAAGCUGUGCCACAGCUUCUAGAAUGUCCAAUGUCACGAAAGUGUGCGGAAGAGUUAAAUUAUUUAUUUAUUUAUUUAUUUAAAUUAUUGUGAGACCAACUGGAACGUAAUUCAACUCUUCACUUUCGUUUAGCUCAGACAAAUUUUUUGCGUGUUUAAGAUUUUGCAGUCGUAUGCCUAAUUAAUUCAAAGAGCAACUCUUUCUUUUUCUAUUAUGUAUUAUUCCAUGAAUAACCCCUUUGAACCUUCCCAUCAUCUUUCCUCGUUACGUAACAAGCCGUGAGUUCUUUCAACUUUCGACAAGUUGUAUCACGGUAUAAUUUUCGCAUUUUCCACUGAUUUCCACAGCCUGUCUGUUUCAUUAAAAUCCUACAAUUCAUUGUCUCGUAGUUCCUUCCCCUUGAAUUUUUCCCUAGCAUCUAGCUCUCUUCAAAGUCUUUAAACCUUUGUAUGUCUUUCUCAAAGCAAUUUAGAUUUCCCACCUUCUUUUUUUCCCACGUAAUAACGGCCGGAUCUAUUCGUUGAUGAUUGUUGCUGACUAUGCGCUCUACUACCGAUGUUUUCCAACACAUUUCCACUGUACCACCAUCUUGAAUCUACAUACAAUAUCAUCAACGUUUUCGCUUUCAUUUGAAACACCUUCUAUCGUUUCAGCCCGUGAGUAGCUCACUCCGUUUUCCACCUUCCAUUUCAUUUCCAACAUUUCCAUUUUUCUUUCUAUUUUUUUUCUACUAUCUCCUCUUCCGUAACGGUGGCAAAUUAUUCUGACAAGCUGACCGUGAUCUUCCAUUUCCUUUUCAAUCAUCCUCAUGCCCCAUCUCUUCGUUCUCUACUUUGAAUUUUCAACUCACUUAAUUUGUUCUGAGACUAGUUUCUAAUCUUUUCUAAUCUAAUUUUUUGCUGGCGGUUCGGUCGCUUUCGAAAACUUUUUUUCCUCCUUCAAAUGUAUGUUGAGUCAGCAACCUGUUAAUGUUAUGUUGUUGUUGUUCAUGCUGCUGUUGCUGCUCACAGAUUCUUUACAAAUUUCCUUCGUCUAUCAAGCGAAAGCUUUCCGUAUUGCCAGUUCAAAAGAUCAACCCCAGUCAACUUCGGUCCUCAUAGGACCCCCCUAAACUUACUGACCUCCCUUAAACUUAAUCUUGUAAAACUAUGCGCUAAGUGGUAUACUUUAUGAAAUCCAAGCUCCCUAGUUUAAUCAUCCUAAAUUCCUCGUCCUCCUCUUUCCAACUAACCAAUAUGCUAGUACUAGAUCUGUUCUAUGCUCUCAUGGCACACAGCUGAAAUAGUAUGUUAAAUUAACGCAUUGUUACAUGUUUGUUAAAGCCGUUGGAUUAGGAAGGAAACAAGAUUCUUCCUUCCAAGAAAACAAAAACUUGUUAAUUCCCUGUUGCUAAUGUAUUAAGUUAUAAUGUAAACGAAUUAAAAGAGCGAUAAAAUUGCAUUGUACGCACUCUAAGUAUGACAAAAAAAGCCACGAAAUGAUGUUGUAAAAAAACUAAUCGUUAAUGAAAAAAUAAACCAUCAAUUUCAGCCGUUCCGCGGACUUCCGUACCAAAUGCAGGCGCGAUGAGCCCGCGGCGGCGAAAUCAGUAUUCCGAAACCGAAAACCGGCAGACCUCAA